AUGCUGCUUCAGAAGAAUGGUUUGCGUAAGAAGAAUCCUUCAAUUUCUGUUGUUGCUACUCUGUUUGGAGAUGGGGAAGAUGUUGCAUGGCUAGAGAAGAAUAAUUUUGCUGACUGGGCAGAAGAAAAAUCUUAUAGAAUUUUAGGAAGUGACAACUUUGAUGAUUCUCAAGGGAGAGCAAUUGCACUGGGUUUGAAUAAAAAGAGGCCUGUGUUAGUUAUCCAAGGCCCUCCCGGUACAGGCAAGACUGGUUUGCUCAAGCAUCUUAUAGCAUGUGCUGUUCAGCAAGGUGAACGGGUUCUUGUUACAGCACCUACUAAUGCAGCUGUAGAUAACAUGGUUGAAAAACUUUCUAAUGUCAGAUUAAAUGUUGUGCGGGUUGGAAAUCCAGCCCGGAUAUCAAAAACAGUGGCAUCGAAGUCUUUGGAAGAAAUUGUAAAUGCUAAGCUUGCAAGUUUUCGAGAAGAAUAUGAGAGAAAGAAGUCAGAUUUAAGAAAAGAUCUAAGACAUUGUUUAAGGGAUGAUUCACUAGCUGCGGGCAUACGGCAACUUCUGAAGCAGCUGGGAAGGUCACUGAAGAAAAAGGAAAAGCAGAUAGUAAAUGAAGUUCUAUCCAGUGCUCAGGUUGUGCUUGCCACUAAUACUGGAGCAGCUGACCCUUUGAUUCGAAGACUAGAUACUUUUGACUUGGUCGUCAUAGAUGAAGCUGGACAGGCAAUUGAACCCUCUUGCUGGAUUCCUAUAUUGCAAGGUAAGCGGUGUAUUCUUGCUGGUGAUCAAUGCCAACUUGCUCCUGUCAUACUAUCUAGAAAGGCCUUGGAAGGUGGUCUAAGAAUAUCUCUAUUGGAAAGAGCUGCAACUUUACAUGAAGGGAUUCUCACCACUAGGUUAACUACACAAUACCGAAUGAAUGAUGCUAUUUCUAGUUGGGCUUCGAAGGAGAUGUACGGAGGAUUGUUGAAGUCCUCUGAAACUGUAUCUUCUCAUCUUCUUGUAGACUCUCCUUUCGUCAAGGUAGUAUGCCCAUCAAUGAUAUCUCCAUCUUCAUUGAAGUGA